GAAUCGAAUGUCUAAAAAAAGAGGGGACCUCGCAGUUGCAUUCACCAGGUUGAUUUAUAGUGUGAUGGUAGACACUGCAAUAAAUAUUGUCGUUGGGAUGCUGAGAAUAUUCACCUGGACACUAUGGACAUUCAGUCAGCAUUACUACGCUUCGUUGAAGAUUCCUUGCUUCUGAAAGCCUAGCGCGCGUAACUGCAGAAAUCUCCACUGCACGCGAAGUUACCACAUUGGACCAGACGCAGAGGGAUGCAAGAUUGGAUGUGCUGACUGACAUCGUUCGGUUGAUACCCCCAUGCUGGAAAAUUGCGUCACCGGGCGGGCGCUGCAGGUAUUCCGUCUCCUCCGGCUUCGUGUCGAGAACGACCAUGGCAAUCAUCUGGACACGUCAGUGACUCAAACAGUUUAUCGCCAUGGAAUCAGGUGCGGAACCAGAUGGAUUAAAAUAUCCAUCUGUUCCCAAUUCACAAUGUGAACUCAACAUAAAUAUGUAUGAGACCAUCAGCGACGGAAACGUCAAUAAUAUGGACACUUCGGCGAUUGUAAGAGGUGGGAGCGACCCAAGUGCAUAUCCUCCAUCGAAUUAUCAGCGGAUAGUGCGUCAAAGAUUCAUUAGGAGAAGUUUGUGGUUCUCGGAUUCGGAUGAACAGGCAUUUGAGGUGCCAGAAUGGGACAACAGGAGUAAAAUCCUCAACAUUAACCUCCGCACGAUAGUUGACAGGACGCUGGGGGCUCGAUCGGGGCCACAGGAGGGCUCCAGCACUGAGAGUCAAGGCGGGCAGAAAGACAGUGCCACAGAGAGCACCAGCGCUGAUGAGGAAAAGGAGAAAGCUGGGGAUAAAUUGAACAUUGUAUCCACUGAUGGCAGUAAAAACGCUGUCAGAACAGCUAGCGACGAGACUGAGGAAGAGGCUGAGAUGAAAGCGGUUUCCACCUCUCCAGGGGGACGUUUUCUCAAGUUUGAUAUUGAGCUAGGCAGAGGGUCCUUCAAGACUGUCUAUAAAGGUCUGGAUACCGACACGUGGGUGGAAGUAGCCUGGUGUGAACUUCAGGACCGUAAGUUGACCAGAGUUGAGCGUCAGCGGUUUAAGGAGGAGGCAGAGAUGCUGAAGGGGCUGCAGCACCCCAACAUAGUCCGCUUCUACGACUUCUGGGAGUCACCCCUGAAAGGGAAGAAGUACAUUGUCCUGGUUACGGAGCUCAUGACCUCCGGCACGCUCAAAACGUACUUGAAGCGCUUCAAGGUGAUGAAGCCCAAGGUCUUGAGGAGCUGGUGUAGACAGAUCCUCAAGGGCCUCCACUUCCUCCACACUCGGGCCCCUCCCAUUAUCCACCGGGACCUGAAGUGUGACAACAUCUUCAUCACUGGCCCAACCGGCUCCGUCAAGAUAGGAGACCUGGGAUUGGCCACGCUGAAGAGGGCCUCUUUUGCUAAGAGUGUCAUAGGCACCCCAGAGUUCAUGGCCCCAGAGAUGUAUGAGGAGCACUAUGAUGAGUCGGUGGAUGUCUAUGCGUUUGGGAUGUGCAUGCUGGAGAUGGCAACCUCGGAGUACCCCUAUUCGGAAUGCCAGAACGCUGCACAGAUCUACCGCAAAGUCACCAGUGGGGUGAAGCCGGCCAGCUACCACAAGGUUGUGGAUCCUGAAAUAAAGGAGAUUAUUGGCGAGUGCAUCUGCCAAAAGAAAGAGGAGCGGUACUCCAUGAAGGACCUACUGAACCAUGCCUUCUUUGCGGAGGACACGGGUGUGCGGGUGGAGCUGGCAGAGGAGGACGAUGGGAAGAAGGCGGCCAUUGCCCUGAAGCUGUGGGUGGAAGACCCAAAGAAACUGAAGGGAAAGUACAAGGAGAGUGGGGCAAUAGAGUUUACCUUUGACCUGGAGAAGGAGACGCCGGAGGGCGUGGCCCAGGAAAUGGUGGAGUCGGGGUUCUUCCACGAGAGCGAUGCUAAGAUUGUGGGGAAGUCGAUCCGGGACCGUGUGGCACUGAUCAAAUGGAGGAGGGAGAGGAACGUGUCGGCCGGACCCCCUGCGGACCAGGGUGAGGCGGGGCUCAGGGCCGUCCCAGCCCAGGGGACCUCGGCCGGGGCUGCGCAGGCGGGACCGCCCUGUCUCCUGGAGCCCGACGAAGUGGAGGCGGAGCAGCACGCCAGGCUGUGUAACCUUCCGGCCAGCACCACCUCUGUCACAUCAGACAGUAACUUUGACAGUGGCAUGGGCUCUGCUGUGUACUCGGACUCUCACAACAGCCAGCACAACGUCCUCUACCAGUCCUUAGUGGAGCCUGUCACCAUGGCAACGCAGCAGUGUCGGCGCAGUGGUCCGUGUUCUGCUUCAGAACGGUCGGGAAUUGCCCAUUCCCACGAAAAUGGCGAGGGAUGGGAAGCAGCCCUGGUCCCGGCGCUCCGAGUAGGAGCAGGGACUAGGAGAGUGAGCGCCCCGGUCAUUGACCCUUUGAGGGGAAACGACGACAACAACAUUGAUCUCCGCAGGCUGCUUCAACCUCUGACCUUUGGCCCCUGCAGCCAACCACAAGCUGCAAGUCCCGCCUUCCUCUCGCCAGACAACAAAUCCGAGAGCAGCCCGUCAGACUUCCACUCCGAGGCAGAGGACGGCUUCCCUUCCUCAAGUGUGUCGCGUGCCCCCCACCUCCUGGCCCCCCCGUCGCCCACGCUCUCUGAGGCCCGACGUCACAGUGACUCUUCUAUCAAAUCGCCCGCGUCAGAAUCCGCCCCCGGCCAUAGGGGGCCCGGUGUGGCAGAGCGGUCGACGGGGGAGCGGAGGCACUCAGACCUGGGCGCUUUGCUGAGCCUGCACUCUUCCAUUCAACACCACCGCCAAGGCACUCCCAGAAACCACCUGUGUCAGGCGUGUCUCUCUUUGCUGCUGUCCAGUUUACGAGAGGGCAUGCACAAGCAGUACACCGCCUUUCCCUUCCCACCCCAGCCCUGUGCCUGCCCCCACCGGCACCCCCCCACCACCACAGGGGCAACCGCUGGGACGGGAGGGCACCGCGGUCAAGGUCACAUGGGCAGUGACUUCUCGGACCUCUCCGUGCUGCAGAUGAACCUGUUGAACAUCAUCAGUCGUAAAACAGUCCCAUCCAACCAGGGCCCGGCUUCUCUCCUCCACGUGCCUGCAGCCCAGCGGCCUGUGCGGAGCUAUGGGGACGAGAGUCUGAAGUCACCCUGCAGCGGCGACGCAGCCAAGUCCCCUCAGGACCGCAGAGCCAGCUACUCUGGGGAGCAGCGAGCCCCCGGGGCCCUGGGAGUGCCCAGUGCUGUGCACCCAUUGGUUCCGAACCAGGGGUCCCUCCAGGUCCAGCCCGCUCCCACCUUGACCCCCCUGCAGUACCUGCAGCCUGGCCAGAGCUACCCCCCCGCUCCCAUGGCCACCCAACUGACAACCACCGCAGCUAGCUUCUCCGCCGCAGUGCUCCAACAAACGCCGGCCUCAGCUAGUUACCCUGCAUCGAAUGCUCCUCUUCAGCUGAACCCUCACACCGGACAGAUCUACCCAGCUCCGACUCUACCCCAGACGGCGGCGACGGCGGCAAGCUAUUCGCCCACGAACGUCCCGGUCCAGCAACCCGCGGCGAUCUACUCGUCCACAAAUGCGCCCCCUCAGCAGGUGCAGGCCGCAGUGAGAGUCGUCGUGCCAACUCUGCCCAUCCAGCAAACUUCGACCGCUCCGAGUUAUGUUGUCCCGAGUCAGCGGCAUUCGACUCAAACCGCCGCCGGCUACCCGCCUCCGACUCUGCAACCAACCUCAACGGUGGGAGGCUACUCAGCGGUGGCCGCGCCCGUCCAACAGACUGCAUUGGCAGCUAGCGUAGCGGCUGCACAGAGCUACCCUUCUCCGGUGGUGCGUCUGCAGCAGACCGUGCCCACGCUGACCUAUGCGUCAGUGGCUUCGAGUGUGGUCCAUUCCGUACCUAUACCCAGUCUCCCUGCUCAGGGCCUUCCAGGCGUCGCGCCCCUCGCCCAGCCUUGCCCUGCCCCGCACAGUCUUCCAGCCUCCGCCAUGCCCGUCGGUGUGCAGCCGGGCCAGUCUAAUCCCGUGCAUCACAGCCAACAGUCCGUCCCGCCCCCCGUUCCCCAGCAACACAGCCAGCCAGCCCCCCAGUCCUCCCCACGACACGGCCAGCCAGUCCCCCAGUCCUCCCCACGACACGGCCAGCCAGUCCCCCAGUCCUCCCCACGACACGGCCAGCCAGUCCCCCAGUCCUCCCCACGACACGGCCCGCAGCCUCUGCAGGGCCACCUGCCCCCGCUGAGCCAGCUGACGCCCGCUGUCCAACAGCCUGCCGUCGUCCAGAGCUACUGUUUACCGGGCCACACCCUCCAGGGUUACCCCAACGCCUCCACGCUGCCCGGGCAACAGACUGCUGGUUUGCAGAGCUACCCAUCAGCAGCGGCUCACAUACAGCAGACGCCAGCGGGCUACGCCGCCGCUCAACCCAGCCUGACGGGUCCGCAGGCUGCAGCCACUCAUGACUUCCCGGCGCCUCCCGGGGGUCAACAGCAGGCCGGCAGUACGGCACCUACCACACACCACAGCCAGCUCCAGGUGGCCCCACCACCGCAACGCCAACAGUACCAACCCCAUCUCUACAACCCAGCUUUCCUGAACCAGAAUGUCCCUGCUGGUCAAGGCCUUUCACCGUUUCCCCAAUCAUCGGGUCUGCCUGCUCAGGCUUCGCCCCCUCCGCAGCCAUUGGUCCAGGCGCCCGUCCCUCAACCGCAGCAGCAACUACAUGUCACUCCCCCUCCGCCGGCAGCCCACCUUCCCCAGUUUCCCUCACCGUAUCCCAACGUCCAAGCGGUGACCUCUCUGACUGAAUGUGACCCCUGCCCCGUUCCCCAGUCCUGUCCCUCCUCUCUGCCUCCCCUCUACCUCUCCCCCGGCCAGCCGGCCCCUCCUCCCCCAUCCGUCUCGCCCGUCGCCCCCUCACAGAUAGAAAACGCCCUGGCUCCCCCCACCACCGCACCCCAGAUAGUCUCCCCCACCGUGCGGCAGAGUCAGCAGGCUCCCCCCGGCGGUCUGGCACAGAGCGAUCUGACUCACGCACACCUUCACACACACCCUGUUCACUCCCACCCCAUCUCACUGCCUGGACAAAUGCAGAGCAAACACCCCACGCUCCCACAGCUCUCCACUGUCUCCCCGCUGGCCCGGCCCUGCUCACAAACCUUUACACAGCAGGUCCAGCCUCUGGCCCAAAGCCAACAUUCAGAUCCAGUCCCCUCUGCCAAGCCUCUGCUUCCCUCCCAGUCAGCCGUUUUCUCCUCUCCGCUACACAGCGGGCCGGACGCGGUCACUGCCGCAGCCCAGCUCGACCUCAACCAGAACCCCAGCCAAACCCGAGCACAGUCCCAGCAUCAGGCCCAGAGCCAACCCACGGUGCCGCAGCCUCUUGGCUCCCAGGGAUCAGCUGCAGGCCCUGCCAGCACCUGCCUGACUCAGCAGAACCAAGCCAGUGCCAUCGGCAGUGGCCUGGGAAACACGGUCAUCUCUGGAUCGGCUCCUGCAGAGUCCAGUCUGGAGGAUCCUGGAGCAGAGAAGCAGGCAUCAGGAGCCAGCUGCUCCUACGACAGUGUGAACUCGGACGCCACCUCUGGGAAGGAGAUGAGCGACGGUAACGAGGGAACCCAGGGGUCGGGGAAGGGCGACUGCAAGGUCCGCAAACACCACCGGCGGUCCACGCGCACCCGCUCGCGCCAGGAGAGGAUCAACAAGCCCAAACUUGGCAUGCUCAACGUGUGUAACACGGGUGACAAGAUGGUUGAAUGUCAGCUGGAGACGCACAACCACAAGAUGGUCACUUUCAAGUUCGACCUGGACGGAGAUGCACCUGAGGAAAUUGCGACUUAUAUGGUGGAGAACGACUUCAUCCUGCUCCUGGAGAAGGAGAUGUUUAUAGAGCAGCUGAAGGACAUUGUGGACAAGGCUGAGGACAUGCUGAGUGAGGACGCUGAAGGGGAGAGGGGCUCCGACCAUGCCGGGAGUCCCCAGCAGAACCACGGGGCUGUCAUGCUCGGCGGCGAGGGUUCAAAGAUGGCCACACCGAAUUCACCACAGCUGGUGUACCAGCAGAACGUCCUCCACACCGGGAAGCGCUGGUUCAUCAUCUGCCCCGUAGCUGAGACGCCAACGCCAGACAAAGAGGUUUCAUCAGACACCUCUACAGCCAAGGAUGGCAUCACGUCCUUGUCCAGGUCCAGUUGCAGAACUACUCCCCAAGUCUCUACCCCGACCGUGGCCCCGUCCCUGACCACCACGGCCCCAACUCCAGCCCCCUCGGCUCCCCCCGUACCUCAGGACAACGACAUGGGCCAGGGCCCCGGAACCGAACCCCCUGCUUCCGCAGGGCGCCGCGACUCGUGCUCAGUCCGUGAGCCCUGUGUCUCCAUGGUGACGGACAUCCCAUGCUGCCCCAUAGUCCCUCCCGUGUCCCUGGAGGUGAACGUGCUGGGACAGAAGCGCGCGGGCGGUGCCCCCUCCUGCCUGCCCGGUCAAGGGGCUGGCCUGUCGGGGGACCCGCCCCCUCCGCCACCCCCCCAGCAGCCAGUGGUCCUGCAGCAGCCCUACGCCACGCCCAGCAUGGUGGGGGGAGGUGGGGGCGCCUCAACACCAUCGCAGCCACAGAGUCCCGCCCACCAGGCCUCCCAGCCGCCCGAUGGACCCGGGGGUGGCGGUGGGCCGGGGGAGUCUGAUGGAGAGGGGCCCCCCAGGGUGGAGUUUGUGGAUCGGACCAUCAAGACUCUGGACGAGAAGCUGAGAAACCUGCUGUACCAGGAGCACGCUCCGUCAGCCCCCUCCAGCACCGCCUCAGACCACCAGGGCUCCAGCACAGAUGGUGUCAGCUCGCCCCCCGUCUCCGACACCCAGACCGCCUCAGAGGGUGGGCUCCCCAGGAAGGAAGAGGCAUUGCCUCAGAUACCUGAGCUAACAGAUAGGUUGGUAACACAGAAUGACUCUGAAGCCUGUAAUGAGCUGAACAGGAGAGACUUUGUGCCCAGUUCCUUAGGCUCAAAGAGCCGCUUCCAGAUUGUCCCCACUCCUCCGGACGUUAUCCGUCGUUUAGAGAAAGGCAGAAGUCACAGCACCUGCAGCUCCCUGGCUCCCUCCAGUGGCUCGGGGGGCUCUCAUGCUGCAGCAGAGGUGGGCGUGGCCAUGAGUAGGUCUAUAGUGAUGACGACCAACGAGGAGGAAGAGAGCGUCCCAGACACCCAAUGCAGUAACCGCUACUCCGCUCCUCCGGGCUUCUACCAGGACACUGCCGUCUCCGGCCCCAACGCCACCCCUGGCCCGCUCACUCGCGCCCAAACCGCCGACGUGUUAGCCAACCGCUCCUUCCUCUCCGACUCCGGCGAGGAGGACACCAGUAGUUUAGCCCUUCCCCCCGCCCACCACAAGCCUCCGAGCCACGCCCUGUCGGAGCACAGCGGAAGUGACCUCAUGAAGAGGGCCGUGGCCUUCCUGCGCCGCACCGGCCGGAGCAGCAGUGUGCAGAGCUCGGAUUCGCCAAGCCGGCAGAUGGUGAUGGCGAACGGUCACACCCCCUCGCCGCAGGGCCAGGCGUCGUACGUUAGCAGUGACAACGACUCAGAGUUCGAGGACGCGGACAUGAGGAAGGAGCUGCAGAGGCUGAGGGAGAAGCACAUGAAGGAGAUCUCGGAGCUGCAGGCGUUCCAGAGGAACGAGAUCGAGCGCCUGUAUAAGGAGCUGGGGAAGGCGGUGCCUCCUGGCGUGGGCCUGCUGCACGCUGCUCCCCCUAGUGGCCGCAGGCGCCGCGCCAGCAAACACAAGCUGAAGGCAGGCAAGCUGCUCAACCCCAUGGUGCAGCAGCUGAAGAACAACCUGAACCCCACCCCCACCGUGUUUUCCUCGGAAGGAGAAAGCACGCCGAGCUCCUCAGGCUCCCCGGCUAAAAGCUCCAUCGUGUCCGAAGGCUCGUCCCGCUCCAGUGGUGCCAACAGCAGCACCGGUACCAGCAUGGCCCCAGAGCCCGUCCAGACCCAGCAGCCCUGCUCCCUCAAAGGCUCCCUCUCCUCUGACAACAUCUACGGCGGUGGCAUGGUCACCCACGCAGGCCCUGGGCAAGGCUGGACGGUAUACCACCAAACGUCAGAGAGAGUGACCUAUAAAUCUAGUAGCAAACCACGCACUAGAUUCCUCAGUGGACCAGUGUCUCUGUCCAUCUGGUCCACACUGAAACGACUAUGUCUAGGCAAAGAGCGCAGUAGUAGGUCUUCUAACAGCACCACUGCAACAGCGUCCAAUCAGCCCCCAGCCUCCACUCCCUUGCCGUCUCCUCAGCCAAUGACAGCGCUGGCUCAGGCGCAGACGAACAACAGCAACAACAAGAAGCCUGGCACCUUCACGGACGACCUGCACAAGCUCGUAGACGAUUGGACGAAGGAGACGCUGGCGGCCAAUCAGCCGCGUCCCUCUCUGAACCAGAUCCAGCAGCAGAGACGCAGGGAGGCCCUGGAUGCUGGAGCGACGCCCCAGGUGGGGGCCACGCAGGGGGUGAGACAUCCUAUCCUUGCAAACAAGUUCCAGCUGCCUCUGUCCUGCCCUCUAGCAGCUGCUUUGGGCCCCGCUGUGCCCACUGCCCUUGGCUCCAACCCCUCUACCAUGCUCCAUCCUGGCUGUCUGGUACCCGCAGGCCCCUAUGGAGGGGUGGUUUCUAGCACCAUAUACCCCCAGCAGUGGUCUGGUAUUCCCAGCUAUGUGGGCAUGACGGGGGCAGCAGGAGGGAGGCCCUAUCCCGCCAUGGCCAACCCAGGGGAGCAGGCGAACCUCCUGACCCUACACAGCCAUGAGAUUGGCCCCAACGCCAGGACUACCUAACGAUGCAACCAGCACUUCCCUGCAGCUGAAAAAACCCUGGCCCCCGACGCUCAACACAGACUGCCCCCGGAUGUUGUUAGUGCCAUGCUUAGAACCCAACUCCACUUCUCCCCCGGUUCUCCCCCCGGGUUUACCAUUCUAAUCACUUUCAAUGGGAUGAUGGGCCGGGAAAUAGAGGGACGUAGGGGCCAGCACCUUUCAAUGCUCUGAUAAAUGGCUCCACCUUAAAGCACAAGGAAGAAGAUUUGAACACCUUAGAUCUUAGUGUUGAAAUUGAUCCUGUCCUUAAAACUGAUACGGUUAGAGUUCUGCUAAGUUGAUUACUUUGAUCUGAGAAAUUAAACUAAAAUUUAUUUUUUUAUGUCAUUUUUGUUUGCAUGCCAAACAAUAUUCAUUGAUGAUUAUAUGAAGGCUAUAGUGUUGACAUAACUUUUGCAAAUAACAAAUAAGACAUGAAAUGAAAAGCCAUCCAUGGAUCCCACCUACUGUAACACCAGUCCCACCUCAACAACCAGUGUUCUUCAUAGUGUCUUUUGUAGCUGUAACUGGGAGUAGUGUUUCUUCAUUCUAUGCGUAUGGUGGAGGUUUACUUCCCUUUGUAGAGAGGUUUGCCUUUCCAUUUGUCUUGCAUUAUUGUUCUUCAGUGAGUGUGGAAGUACUCGUUUUACAGUAGUCCUGGACCUCUCCUAAAUGUCAUUGUGCCUGCUUUGGCCCACACCAUUUUAUUAAUUUACUCAUCAGUGUUUAUUUGAACAUUUUCUUUUUUGCCACUUAGGUUAGAAAAGCAAUAGCUUUUGGCUCAUGAUGUUGUCACCCUCGCACUUCAAGACAGUCCUGCCUGAAAGCCAUUUAGUUUGUCCUCUUACGAUGCUCACAUCAUCACAAGAUCAUAGGACGUGCAUUAGGAUGAGAGAAGGAGAACCAGAUCAUAGGAUGUGCAUUAGGAUGAGAGAAGGAGAACCAGAUCAUAGGACGUGCAUUAGGGUGAGAGGAGGAGAACCAGAUCAUAGGACGUGCAUUAGGAUGAGAGAAGGAGAACCAGAUCAUAGGAUGUGCAUUAGGAUGAGAGAAGGAGAACCAGAUCAUAGGACGUGCAUUAGGGUGAGAGGAGGAGAACCAGAUCAUAGGACGUGCAUUAGGAUGAGAGGAGGAGAACCAGAUCAUAGGACGUGCAUUAGGAUGCGAGGAGGAGAACCAGAUCAUAGGACGUGCAUUAGGAUGAGAGGAGGAGAACCAGAUCAUGGGACGUCCAUUAGGGUGAGAGGAGGAGAACCAGAUCAUAGGACGUGCAUUAGGAUGAGAGGAGGAGAACCAGAUCAUGGGACCUCCAUUAGGGUGAGAGGAGGAGAACCAGAUCAUGGGACGUCCAUUAGGGUGAGAGGAGGAGGACCAGAUCCUAGGACAUGCAUUAGGAUGAAAGCAGCAGCAUGUCAAGCUGGAUUCCCCAUUUCCUCAAAUUGGAUGUUGGGUACUAUGUGGAUUGAAUAUUUCGUUAGUCCAGUUUUGGUGCAUUCGAUUUGCUUAACUUCUCAGAUCAAAUAAUCUCAACUAAAUCUUGUAAUCUAAAUUGCUAAUCUGUUUUUAAAUACAGAAGACAUUUCGGGGCGACCUGAGAUGGUGGCUGUCAUCGGUUGCUAAAAUGGGACGGAGCUCAUGUGUUGGAGGUUCUCAGUAUUGGCCUUUACUUGACCAUAAUGCUCAACCUCUAUGAUCCUUUAUGCAGGAGAGUCCUGCUCCACUCUGAAUUUGUGGUCUGACGCUUUAUUAAAAAGCAACACACAUGUAAAUAACCUGUGAGCUUGUAAAUAUCCAGUGUGCGUGUAGAUAUACUUUAUACAGCACCUGUCGUUUUUCCUGUGUGUUGGAGAGUGCGUAUGCAUGUGUGUACAGUAUAAAUGGUGUGUAUGUGUGCGCGUCUGUGUACCUACUGCUUUUGGCUUUGGUCUUAUCUAAACUUACAAAAUAUUCUGUAAUAUCAGCGGUCACAAGUGCAAUGUUUUCACUCAAUCCGUCAUAACCAAUAAGCAGUCAUGUGUAAUGGAGUUUUAUGGUUUACUAAUGUUUUGUCAAACUUAACAACACUACAUUAGAAUAGUUGAAGGGUUUCAGAUGACUGGACAGAAGAUCUGUAUUUAAGGUGAAUUUCUCUGGGGGUGUAGUGCCUUGAUAAUUGCUUUUUCUGUAAAACAAAGCAUGUCUGCAUAUGAGAUUUUCUUUCGUAGUGGCUUAGGUGCCACUUUUUGUAAUGCAUUGCAGACACUUUUUCUUUAUACUUUUUGGUUUACAUUUGAAUGCCCUUGUAGCACUGCACUAUUAAAACAGUAUAAGCUUUUAUUUAAGUAAUAAAAUCACGUUUUUAAUUUUGUUUACCCUCCCCAUGUAACUUUAGAAUGCUAUUGAGGUGAGAUGUGUAGUUGCCUUGUGGGAACAGACAGCUGAUGUACAGUUGAGAGAGAAACUGAAAAUUAAACCAUUAACCCACUCAUUGGCCGGUAGUGAGUGUCAUAGACAGAGAGUUAGCAUUUCUAGAAUGAACAUUCCUGUUCAAGUCAACAUUCCCCAAUGGUGGACCUAUUUAAUUGUUGUUCUAUAUUUGUAGGUUUUUUUUUUAGGGAAACCAAUAGUGUCCACCUCAGAAUGUAGCAGAUGCAGGAUUGCGAAGCAAGAUUUGAAGUGCAAUUUCCCCCAUUCACCUAACUUUUUUGGUGGCCUUGCCACAAGCCUUACCCAGGAACAUGCAACACGAGCUAGUUGCUUUUGUUGAUGUCCAAUGGAAAGUUACAAUUCUCAAAAACAGUCAUCGCAUUUACAACAACUAGUUUUUUAUUUUUUGGUUGAAAAUAUACUAUUUUAUUUAAGAACACAAUUAAUUUAGUUCAAACAACUAUUAUUUAAGAUAUUGCCAUUCUUUUAUUUUUCUAUGCUUGAUUUGAUGCUGCUAGUUUGUCUGAGGUGGAUCUGAGGUUUUGUUAAAGGAGGGGUAGUUGACCGUGUGUUAUCUGAUCAUGGUACUAGAUAAGGCAACAGCAAAAUAUGCACUAGAUGUUACAGCGGAGGCCCUCCAGUAAUGGAACCUUUGUCAGAGGGUGAGUUGUUUUCUCAAUGAGAGGAUGUUCAUGUGAAGCAGUGUUAUUAUAUUGCCAUGUUGAAAUUAAUAAAUUGUAUCAUUUCCCAGGUGGUUAUUGACUAUAGUCUUGCAUUCGUUUCUUGUUUUAAGUGGUUGGUUUCUCUGUUCAGAAUUAGAUAUGACAAAUGGGGGUAGAUUCUCGAUUAAGGCCCGUUGACCGGUGUUCUAACCAGACUGAAUAAUAUUGGUUCCACUUUGUGAAAAUACACCUCUUAACCCACCAGUACAUUUGGUUACCCCUGACCUUCUGACCUCUGAUAAGCAUAUCUAGUUAGAAAUCUCACCACCACAACAAAAGUUAAGGUUUCAGCACCCCAGUCCUGCCAAGUUGUGAACUGUACAGUGUUUCUGUAAUUAGUAUUUGUAAAUUUUUGUUUGUCUGUUUCGGGAUGUUGAGUUAGUGUAUAUUAUUCCAACAAUUCGGUUUGAAUUGGUACUUUUUAUAGGAUAUUAUGCAGAGUGUUCUGCUUUGGUGAAAUACUUCCAGUAGUAAGAGAUUUCUGUUCUCUGUUACUUGUUGUAUCUGACAUUUACUGCUACACCUCCAUGUCUGUUACACUUAGUGACUAGAUUUGGGAAUGUUGGAAUAUUCACUGGGAGUCAGCGAUUCCGAUCCAUACAUUCUAGAGCAGAUGCGAUUCUCUGUGAGGAGUAGAGAACAGUGCCUGUUCUGAUGCAUUUCACUUAGUUCUGUGGAAACAUUGGCUCCUAUUGAAUAUAACCCUGAUUGUUGAAAGCUUGCACUGAAGCUCUGUGUAAUGCUUUUGCCUGCUGUGUAUUUCCAUGUACAUUGGUCGGAAUCCUCUGCUCAGAUCUUGCACCACCUGGAUGGGUGUUUUCCAUAGGGCUUUCACACUGUGAUUGAGAUUAAAGUGUCCAGUUAUUUUCCCAUAAACAUUUUGGCAACAUUGAUGGUUAUAGUGUUUACAAAUGUGGAGAAGGUACAAAAGAUAUGUCUAGUGAACCAUUAAUUAAAAAGAUUUAUCAUUUUAAUCUGACAACAUGUCAUUCUAAGCUUUUGAAUGAAUGGUUCACCGCAGGUUUUUGUACCAUUUUAACAUUUGGAAGAGCAAUGACCAGCAAUUUUGUCAAUUUAUAAGAAUGUGUGGCUGUUUCAUUCUUCCGAACCAGCGAGGGGGCGACGCGUGAGCCCUAAUGUUUAAUAAACUCAACGUCUGAGCAGGUGAACCGUCCGUGCCCUACAACCCAUUCAGCCACACUAUUCACAAAAACUGUACAUGUUUAAAGAGAAAUAAACAUUAUUUUGUGCUUGAA